GCCGUGUCGGGGCUCGCCGCGUCUCCGACCCACAGGCAGGGAACGAGCGGCGGCAGCGGCUGCACGCCCCGCGCCCCGGCUGGCCCCAAGAUGACUAGGAUAGCGGUAAUUGUUGCUUGGUGUUUUCUGCAAGUGGAAGGCAGGCAUCCAGAAACCCUCCCCAGUCACCACAGCAAUGGCAAUUUCUUGGACAACGACAAGUGGCUGAGCACCGUUUCGCAAUAUGAGAGAGAUAAAUACUGGAACAAAUUCAGGGAUGAUGAUUAUUUCAGAAACUGGAACCCAAACAAACCAUUUGAUCAAGCUCUUGAUCCAUCCAAAGACCCAUGUUUGAAGGUAAAGUGCAGCCCACAUAAAGUUUGCGUCACUCACGACUAUGAGACUGCUAUUUGUGUAAGCCGUAAGCAGCUGGUACACAGCCUUUGGCAAAAGAAAGGAAAUCUGGCCCCGAAACAUUGGAUUGGACCGGCCAGUUUAGUCAAGUGCAAGCCAUGUCCAGUGAUGCAUGCCAGCCCUGUCUGUGGCUCUGAUGGACAUACUUACACUUCCAAGUGCAAGUUGGAGUUUCAUGCUUGUACUUCUGGCAAAACUACCGCAGCGCGAUGUGAGGGGCCCUGCCCAUGUCUUCCAGGACAAGAAAGCCCAAAACACAAGGCUGAGAAGACUGCUUGCACAGACAAGGAGCUGAGAAGUCUUGCUUCCCGACUAAAAGAUUGGUUCGGUGCUCUUCACGAGGAUGCAAAUCGUGUCAUUAAACCAACAAGUUCGGACACAGCACCAGGCAGGUUUGACACCAGCAUACUACCAAUCUGUAAGGAUUCAUUAGGCUGGAUGUUCAACAAACUUGAUAUGAACUAUGACCUCCUGCUGGAUCACUCAGAGAUCAAUGCAAUUUAUCUUGAUAAGUAUGAGCCAUGCAUUAAACCCCUCUUCAACUCAUGUGACUCCUUCAAAGACGGAAAGCUUUCUAAUAAUGAAUGGUGUUACUGCUUUCAGAAGCCGGGAGGUCUCCCUUGCCAGAAUGAAAUGAACAGGAUUCAAAAGCUAAGUAGGGGGAAGAGUCUGUUGGGUGUUUUCCUUCCACGGUGCAAUGAGGAAGGAUAUUACAAAGCAACUCAGUGUCAUGGAAGUACAGGGCAAUGCUGGUGUGUUGAUAAGUAUGGAAAUGAAAUCGCCGGCUCUAGAAAACAAGGGACCGUUAGUUGUGAAGAAGAGCAAGAAACCUCAGGGGAUUUUGGCAGUGGUGGAUCUGUUGUAUUACUGGAUGAUUUGGAACAGGACCGUGAAGCAGCGAAAAAAGACAAAGAAGGGAAAAUGAAGAUUCAUGUAAGAGCAGCUAACGAGGAUGAUGAAGAUGAAGAUGAUGAUAAGGAUGAUGAAAUUGGUUAUAUAUGGUAGUUGUCACAGUUCUGAGGACUCAUGUUUUGCACAAUAUUGCAAGUCACUUCAUAUCUCUGCAAUUGUAUCUAAGAACAUCAGGCACAAAAUAUCUCUCCUCUCUGUUUAAUUUUGUACAGUAUAUAUCAUUUUCAAGACAGCUUUUUUCCAGCUAGCUACUGGUUUGAAUACAGUUAAUUUUUUUUCCUCUGUCAGUGGGGCUAUGAGUUUUGUUAGUUUUGUUUAAGCAGAGUUUCAUAGCUUAAUCUCCACCUGCAGAGCUUGUGAAAUACAGUUUAUGGGAUUAAAAAAGAAGAGAGAAAAAACAAACCAGUGCAAGUAUUAAAAGCCCAUUUUAUGUUAUCAACAUUGGAGAAGUUUUGUCAUCAGCUAUUAACUGAAUUUUCUGACCAUGUUAUAAGUAAUUGCUUUUCUUUUAUGCAGUAGGUAAUAUAGAAAAGCAGGUGCCUCGGUUUCUGUCCCAUGUCUGGCACUUGUCACUAAAGAGCAAGUCUUAUGUGUAUAAUAACUUCUGGCUCACUAAUAUUGAUGGUUUUAAGUCAGGAAGAAAUCCAUCAGUAUUUUUUCUCACUUGCUCUAAGAGUGAUUUCUAUAGGCUUAGUUCUGCCCUUAUUGAAGUCAAUAUUAAAACUUCCAUUGGCUGUAAAAGUGCAGGAUCAGGUCAUUGUCACCUCGUUUUCAUAGUUAACAAUAUGAUCUCGAUCCUGAGAGAUGCUGAGUGUCUGCAGCUACCACCGACUUCGAGCCUCGUAGCAGGGGAACAUGAUUUAACCACCUUCCAGAAUGUUGGAAUGUUUUGUACAUCUAGAUCAUUGUAACCAUUUUCCAACUAGCACAUCUUGGGUUUCUGUUUUAAUUAGUUUGCACUAAAAGUUUGCACUAAUGUCAUGCAAGCUGCCUCUGUUUCUGGAGUAACACACCAAUGGAUCUGCUGGAAAUCCUCUGUUCUUGAUUUACCCUAAGUAACUCCUCAUUUGGAAGCUAGGAAGCUGUCAAAGAUACUCACCAUCAAAAGUAAUAAGCUGUCUCUUCUUUAUUUUAAAUUGUUAAUAUUUAUUUUAGUCUGUAUAAAAAACAACCUUAGAUAGUCAUGUUUCCAACUAGCAUCUUUUCUGCUUAAUAUGAAAUAUCGUGCACUCCUAUACACACCUAUAAAUAGAAGAAUGUUAUUAAAAUUGAAUCCUCUGAUUCUUUAAGCCGUUCCCAUUUAUACAUAUCUCCACAGCUGUAUCACAGCAUUCUGAAGCUAAAUUAUUUACUUCCCUUCCCUGUUAAAAGUCAUGGGUAAAAUGAAUGUACCAUAUCAUGGCUUUUAUCCUUGUUGUUAUUUUAUCCAGAUUAUCAGAAAACACGAUAACAAUGAGAAGUCAUGGGACAGAAUAUGUUUGUAAGCAGUUCAUUUUUGUAUUUAAGAGGACAAAAGUGACCCAUGAUAGAACUUUAAUUCUUAAAUCUUUUAGGGUCAAAUGCACCAUGAGGUGACAGGAGUAAUUCCAUUUAAGUUAAUUGAGUUAUACUAGAAAUGAAUUUGGCCAAUAGGCAUUUCAAAGAAAAUCUUUAUAUUUCUGUUAAAGACACUACUUCCUUAUGUGAAUUGACUUGCAUUUUCAAAAGCAGCUGUCGGGUGCAGUUUACCCUCAGACCAUUAGUCAAUAUAAAUAGUACUUUGCCUGCUUAUCUAUCUUGCAUGUUCCGUGAUUCAUUUUUGGCGGUGAAUCGUGUCAUUACAAGGUAAAGUUUGCAAAAUGAAAUCUACCAAUAUAAAUGCCAAAUCCCAUUCCAAAAGCAGGGUGUUUCACCCAUUUCCUUUGGGUUUCAUGUCCUCAAGCCAGCAGUCUGAAUUUACUGUUCUUGUGACACAUGAGCCCAAGCCAGACAUCCUUCUCCGGAAAAAGAACAGGAGUACUUGGGGCACAUUAGAGACUAACAAAUUUAUUUGAACAUAAGCUUUUGUGGGCUACAGCCCACUUCAUCAGAUGCAUACAUCUAUAGCCCACGAAAGCUUAUGUUCAAAUAAAUUUGUUAGUUUCUAAGGUGCCACAAGUACUCCUGUUCUUUUUGCAGAUACAGACUAACUCAGCUGCUACUCUGAAUCCUUCUCAGGGUGUACCUUCCAGAUAUACCCUUGGUGUUUGUACUGUCUAUUAUCCUGUGGGUCUUCAGUGACUGAGGGAAAAAGCAUUGCUUUAAAUGUUUCCAAAUAAAGGCCUGAUCCUGCAAAUUCUUCUGCCCACAUAAGUAGGGAUUUGCAGGCUCCAACCCAAAGGUUUCAUACUAGAGAAUCCACUGUAUGUAUGAUCUUAUUAUGCAAGCCCAACAAAUGGACUCCCUAUGCCUUGUAUUGUUUUCUGGGCACCAUCACUGCACCUAUCUGCUAGUAGCUAAGACACACACAGCUGAAAUACACACUAGCUCCUAUAGUUGACAUUAUAAACUGCAAAAGCUGGUUUUAUUUUUAAAGUCUUGUUUCAAAUCCUUUGCCUGCAAUUUCUUUGGAAGAAAGAAAAUUUGCUCAUUACGAACAGAACUUGUCUGAAAGGAAGAAAUAAUUUGUUUCUGCUUAUCUAGGCAGUGUCAAUGUGUGCAGGUGAUUUGAACAUAAAAGGAAAGGCUUCAUUCACACACACAUCCAUGGAAUUCACUGGUACAAUAAUGCAUCAAAAUGGGAAAAGCCCCGUGACAAUGGGAAUUGUGAACAUCAAAUGAGCUUCUAUGUCACAACUUGUUGUAGGGGCAUAGUUGUUUUCAGCUCUUUUAUUCUAUGUUUGUCUGGAGUCAUGACCUGAAAGUUGUUAGAGGUCCAAACUGGAUGAUUGGUCUUAAUAGAAAAGGAAGCAGCCAGGAUUUCCACUGAGGGUUGGUUUGCUCUCUGUUUUUUUGUGGAAAAAUGGUUGGCAGCUAAGGCAAUUGAUGGAAAUCCUACAGUCCACUCUGAUUCACUUUUUAGGGCGAGAUUGAGCUUUAACCAGCCCUGAGUUUGGAGCAGCAUGUAGCCUCAGAGCAGCCCCCAGAAAGCAUUGUGCCUUCGGAGGCACUGUUCCUCCAAAGUUCCCUGUGUGGGCUGGGGAGUAUGCUGCAUAAAUCUCCCUCUUGCAUGUAGCCAGCUCCACUCACUGGUGCACGGAGCCAUGACUCUACCUGCUUCUUGCCCAUCUUCAACCCUUCCCCAACUCCCCUCUGCUCACUUACUCCCAUGGGGGAGUACCACUUAGAACAGCAGGGUUGGAAAGGACCUCAGGAGGUCAUCUAGUCCAACCCCCUGCUCAAAGCAGGACCAAUCUCCAGAUAGAUUUUUGCCCCAGAUCCCUAAAUGGCCCCCUCAAGGAUUGAACUCACAACCCUGGGUAUGUCCACACUGCACUCUAUGCACAGGACGUGACUCAGGUUUGAACCCAAGUGCCCCCUCUGUCCAUACAUCAAUGAGUCUGGCUCAGGCCAGCAAACACUCAGGACCAGGUCCUAGGACCCUGCUAGGGACUGAGCCUCAGUCCAACCCCUGUCAUUUUGCAGUGUGGAUGCAGCUCAAGCCACAGACAUGCAGUAUGGGCGCAUUAGCACAGCUAUGAGACCUGAGUCCAGCAAUUGUAAGCCCAGUUUUACAGUGCAGUGUGAAUGGUCAAGCAUGGGCUUGGAGAUACACAAGCCUGGUUCGCACAGAUUCAGGUUUCCAAUGCAGUGUAGACAUACCUUUGGUGCCCAUGCAGGAGGAGAGUACUGUUUAGCCCUCAGCAGAUAGCAUGACAUGGUCUUCAGAUGCUCCCCCAGGCCGCAGGAAGAUCCUGCAAUGAAUUUCUCAUUAUGCUAAAAUUGGGGAUGGGGAGGGUUGCUUUAGGGGAUUGUGUAUGUGGAAAGAAAUAAUAAAUGCAGCCUCUAUUUUGCAUGAUCCAGAUGGUUAUGUCCUGUCUGUGAUACUGGUGAGUCGCCUUCUUUAUUUGACUUGUAAUGUUUAUAAAUCACUACCAGAUGAGCAUAAGAGGGACAGAGAUGGGAAGCUCAUUCUGCUCUGCUGUAAAAUGAGUGACAAGAACAGCAACAAAAUGGGCCUGGUCCUGACCUCAUUUACACUGGUGUGAAUCAGCAGCAAGGCCAUUGAUUUUACUGGGAUUAGAUGGUAUAAAACCGCUGUGAAAUCAACAGCAUCCCCAGUGUGUUCCCGACCAAACUAGUGAUUUGGAAUAGCCUGAGGAAGCUGGGCUUUGACCGUUUUAUUUUGCUUCCAUCUCUUGAAAAUCACUCUUUAUAAAUUACAGGCCUUGAAAAGAAUUCUUUUCUCCUUGCCUUUGACAAAAACGAUGGCGAUUUGCAAAAGGAACAAACACAUCUUGUAGUUCGACAUUGUUACUUGUAGUGACCCUUGAGCACCAUCAAUAUCUUGCAUCUCGCACAUCUGGGCUGGCUUCAUUCUGAGAUUGAUUUUAAUCAGAUGAAAUCUCUGGUUUUGCCCAUGGCCUUUCCCAAGCUCAUGGCCUUGCCAUUUCCCUGACUCCAGGCCUCACCGUCAAAGUAGAAGAGGCAUCCCACUGUGCCAUGAAAUCAAGGGGAUAUCCACAAUCAUUAAGAACUGUAUCAUGAAAGCUGACACCAUACCAACGUUCUGCUGGUGCUAAACUCAUCCCAGGGCAGAUGGCUCCUACACAGUGAUAUGCAUCACAUAAAUCCUUGAGAGUCAGAUCUUCUGCUCCCCUUACAGCCUGUAUAAUCAGGUACUGUUCAGGAGAAGUGCAGGUGGGUAGGGAAGAUGCAAGCAGUGGCUGCAGCCUCUAUGUUCCAUUUGCACAAGGCAUCAGGUUACUGCAUCCACAUACAUACAGAUCCUGUAGGAUCCUCUUUCAUUCCCUACAUUUAUAAAAUAUUUCCUUUAAAUAAUUGCAAUCAGUCUUACAGCUUAAUUGAACAGGCACUCUGGCCACUCCAAUGCCAGCAGGUCUUCAUCCUCAUUCUCUCUAGGACUCGGGACUCAUCCUGUAGCCUCUUCUCACCUGACUCUUCCAGGUGAGACUGGCUGCGUUUAUUUUCAGCAAAUAUGAAGUAAUGAACAUAAAAGUGAAUGUAUUACAGUCCAAAACCUGUGUUCAGAUGUACCUGCACAAGUCCCAUCAGAGUCAAUGGGGUGUUGUGUGUACAUCUGAAGGCAGAAUGCUGCCUGGAACAACUGCUGUAGUUUUCUGGGUGACGCUCAACUUGGUCUGGAGGGCUUGUGCGAACCUCUUUGCCCCAGUUCAGCUCCCAGGUCCUGGUUCAGGAAGGCAUCCCUCUACAGGAAAUCACCUUAAGUGCGUGCUUAACUUUAAACACAUGCUUACGUGCUUUCCUGAAUGGAGGUCAGAAUUUGAGAAGAGUAACGUCAUUAUCUAGUGUAGUAGAGUAGAAAUACAAUGUAGCACAUAAAAAAUUAUACAAAUUGUAUAAAAGAAUAAUGUCCCAUAUUUUGGUAAGAAUUGUGUAAGGCGGAGCCACACGCUUUGAGAAAAGCAGCUGAGAAUAUGUCUGGAUCUGGGGGCAGAUCCCCACCUGAUGUAAAGCUCCACUGAAAUCACUGGAGCUACGACAGUUUCCAACAGCUGCCGCCUGGCAAAUCAACUUGCUCAGCAGAAUAAUGUAAUUUUGCCAAUCACCGUUUCCCACCAAGUAUAGUAACUCCUGAUUUUUAACUUUUUAUCUUAUUAUGGCUGUUGUCAGAUUAAGACAGCAGUGAAAGUACAUGCCAUUAACGGUGGGAUGACAAAGCAGAGUUCUUUCUGUUGAUCUUUUUCCCACCAAUUGUUGAAGAUAUUUUAAGAAGAUAUCCCAGUUUAGUGAAGUAGUAAAGCAAUGGGCAUUCAGUGCACUGUAUCCAGAGGCAGCGGCCAUUGCAAACUGCAAAAGAAUUAAACAGCCCCUUUCUCAGGCUUCUCCUGCAUGACAAUCAGGAGAUUUGUAGGGAGCAUUUCACUUGCUUCUGGCUUGAUUUAAUUCCCAUUUUUGUUACAAAGUCAAAUAUUCCACUUGCCUCAAAUUGUUGACCUUCCAAAUGUGAAAGAUGGAAACAGAGGAGCUCCGUUAUUUAAAGAUGGAGACUAAUUUUAUCACAUUUCCUUUACAGAUGAAAGAUUAUGAAACAUCAUGAAGUAUUGCUUUAUGUUUCCAAGUGUCCUUUUCACUAGUAUUGUUAACUCAAAAUACCCCUUGAGUUCAGUUUCUGACACGAUUUUUGUUGUUGGCACCUUCAUGAACACUAUGAGUAUAUCAAAAUAUUUUGGCUAUGGUUUUAACCCAUUUUCUGUGUUUAUUUAAUAUUUAUUCUACAGUUUAUAUUUCCAAUGUAAAGUUUAUAUUGAAAACAACACUGUUUGUUAGUGAAAGCUUCUCUUUGCCUAUCCAGCCUACUCUAGAGUCUCAGUGUACUUUUCUGGCAUAGGAAUAUUUUAAUAUUUGCAUGUUUUUUGCAGAUUUGCCACCCAGGCAGCAAAUGACAUAAGAUCUAAGGUCAUCAUUUGCUACAGACCACCAGAUCUCUCCUGCUUAGCUUGUUACACUUUUUGGCUUUCAUUGCAGU